AUGGCUCAGAUAUCCAGCAGCAAUGGAUUUAAGCAAUGUUCAUCUUCACAUCUGGACCCAGCAAGAACAAAAGAUGUGGACAAAGAAGAAGCCUUACAGAUGGAAGCAGAGGCUUUAGCAAAACUGCAGAAAGAUAGACAAGUAACUGAUAAUCAUCGAGGCUUUGAGUUGUCCAGCAACACCAGACAAAGAGCACAAGAUUAUAACAAACAGGAUUAUGACCUCAUGGUGUUUCCUGAAUCAGAUACCCAAAAAAGAGCAGUUGAUAUUGAUGUAGAAAAGUUAACUCAAGCUGAACUGGAGAAACUAUUGCUAGAUGACAGUUUUGAGACAGGGAAAACACCUGCAAUGCCAGUUACUCCUGUUCUGAGCCCUUCGUUUUCAGCACAGCUGUAUCUUAGACCUACUAUUCAGAGAGGACAGUGGCCAACUGGUUUAUCUGGGCCUUCCACUUAUACUUUACCAUCUAUUUAUCAGUCAACUUACAGUAGUAAACAGACUGCAUUCCAAAAUGGCUUUAAUCCCAGAAUGCCUACUUUUCCAACCACAGAACCUAUAUAUUUAAGUCUUCCAGGACAGUCUCCAUAUUUUUCAUAUCCUUUGACAUCGGCCACACAGUUUCAUCCACAAGGAAGCUUACCUAUCUGUCAUCCAGUAGUCAGUCCUGACAUGGCCAAGCUAUUUGACAAAAUAGCUAGUACAUCAGCAUUUUUAAAAAAUGGAAAAGCAAGGACUGAUUUGGAGAUAACAAAUUCAAAAGCUACAAUAAGCAAUCUACAGGUAUCUCCAAAGUCUGAAGAUAUCAGUAAAUUUGACUGGUUAGACUUGGAUCCUCUAAGUAAGCCUAAGGUGGACAGUGUGGAGGUAUUAGACUAUGAAGAAGAGAAAAAUGUCCCAGGUUUGCUAGCGGAGGAUCCUUGGGAUGCUGUUCUUCUUGAAGAGAGAUCACUAGCAAGUUGUCACCUUGAAAGAAAGGUGAAUGGAAAAUCUCUUUCUGGGGCAAUGGUAACAAGAAGCCAAUCUUUAAAUAUUCGAACAACUCAGGGCCAAAUAUCUCAGAAAGACCCAAAUGGGACCAGUAGUUUGCCAACUGGAAGUUCUCUUCUACAAGAAAUUGAAGUGCAGAACGAGGAAGUAGCAGCUUUUUGUCAAUCCAUUACAAAAUUAAAGACCAACUUUCCAUAUACCAAUCACUGCACAAAUCCAGGCUAUUUGUUAAGUCCAGUCACAGUGCAAAGAAAUAUAUGUGGAGAAAAUGCUAGUGUGAAGGUCUCCAUUGAAAUUGAAGGAUUUCAACUACCAGUUACUUUUACAUGUGAUGUGAGUUCUACUGUAGAAAUUAUUAUAAUGCAAGCCCUUUGCUGGGUGCAUGAUGACUUGAAUGAAGUAGAUGUUGGCAGCUAUGUUCUGAAAGUUUGUGGUCAAGAAGAAGUACUGCAGAAUAAUCAUUGCCUUGGAAGUCAUGAACAUAUUCAAAACUGUAGAAAAUGGGACGCAGAGAUUAAACUGCAACUUUUGACCUUAAGCGCAAUGUGCAAAAAUUUGGCCAGAACAGCAGAAGAUGAUGAAACACCUGUGGAUUUAAACAAACACCUGCAUCAAAUAGAAAAACCUUAUAAAGAAGUCAUGACAAGGCACCCUAUUGAAGAACUUUUAGAUUCUUAUCACAGCCAAGUGGAGCUGGCUCUUCGAAUUGAAAACCAGCACCGAGCAGUAGAUCAAGUGAUUAGAGCUGUAAGAAAAAUCUGCAGUGCUUUAGAUGGUGUAGAGACUCCUGCCAUUACAGAAUCAGUAAAGAAGCUAAAGAGAGCAGUUAAUCUUCCAAGGAGGAAAAGUGCUGAUGUGACUUCUGGAAAGGGAGACCCUAAUAAGAGUUCAACUAGGGGCUCACUGAAUCCUGAAAAUCCAGUUCAAGUAAGCAUGGGUCAGUUAACUGCAGCAAUUUAUGAUCUUGUGAAACUCCAUGGAAAUUCUGGUAGGAGUUCUUUGGACUGGGCUCAAAGUAACAGGAACACCAAGGAAGCAUGGACUGCAACAGAACAGCUCCAGUUUACUAUUUUUGCUGCACAUGGAAUUUCAAGUAACUGGGUAUCAAAUUAUGAAAAAUACUAUUUGGUGUGUUCCCUGUCUCACAAUGGAAAAGACCUUUUUAAACCUAUUCAAUCAAAGAAGGUUGGCACUUAUAAGAAUUUCUUCUAUCUUAUUAAAUGGGAUGAACUAAUUAUUUUUCCCAUCCAGAUAUCACAAUUGCCAUUAGAAUCACUUCUUCACCUUACUCUUUUUGGAAUUUUAAAUCAGAGCAGUGGAAGUUCCCCUGAUUCUAAUAAGCAGAGAAAGGGGCCAGAAGCUUUGGGCAAAGUUUCUUUACCUCUUUUUGAUUUUAAACGGUUUUUAACGUGUGGAACUAAGCUUCUAUAUCUUUGGACUUCGUCACAUAUAAAUCCUAUGCCUGGAACAAUACCCAAAAAAGGAUAUGUGAUGGAAAGAAUAGUGUUACAGGUUGAUUUUCCUUCUCCAGCAUAUGAUAUCCUUUAUACCAGUCCUCAAGUUGACCAAAGUAUUAUACAACAACACAACUUAGAAACAUUAAGAAAUGAUAUAAAAGGGAAACUUCUUGAUAUUCUUCACAAAGACUCAUCAUUUGGACUUUCUAAAGAAGACAAAGCUUUUUUGUGGGAGAAACGUUAUUAUUGCCUCAAACAUCCAAAUUGUCUUCCUAAAAUACUAGCAAGUGCCCCAAACUGGAAGUGGGUUAAUCUUGCCAAAAUUUACUCAUUGCUUCACCAGUGGCCUCCAUUAGACGCACUGACUGCAUUGGAACUUCUUGAUUUGAAAUUUGCUGAUCAGGAAGUGAGGUCCCAAGCUGUGACCUGGAUAGAGGCUAUUAGUGAUGAUGAGCUGACAGAUCUUCUUCCACAGUUUGUACAGGCUUUGAAAUAUGAAAUUUAUUUGAACAGUUCAUUAGUACGCUUCCUUCUGUCGAGGGCAUUGGGAAAUAUACAAAUAGCACACAGUUUAUAUUGGCUCCUCAAGGAUGCCCUGCAUGAUGCACAGUUUGGUGCCCGGUAUGAACAUGUUUUGGGUGCUCUCCUCUCAGUAGGAGGAAAAGGACUCAGAGAAGAACUCUUGAAGCAGACAAAACUUGUACAGCUUUUAGGAGGAGUAGCAGAAAAAGUAAAGCAGGCUAGUGGAUCAACAAGACAGGUUGUCCUCCAAAGGAAUAUGGAACGAGUACAGUCCUUUUUUCUAAGAAAUAAAUGUCGUCUCCCUCUCAACCCAAGUCUUGUGGCAAAAGAAUUAAAUAUCAAGUCGUGUUCUUUCUUCAGUUCUAAUGCUGUGCCCUUAAAGGUCACAAUGGUGAAUAAUGAUCCAAUGGGGGAAGAAAUUAAUGUCAUGUUUAAGGUUGGUGAAGAUCUUCGGCAGGAUAUGUUAGCUUUACAGAUGAUAAAAAUUAUGGACAAAAUCUGGCUUAAAGAAGGACUAGAUCUGAGGAUGGUGAUUUUCAAAUGUCUCUCAACAGGCAGAGAUCGAGGCAUGGUGGAGCUGGUUCCUGCUUCAGAUACCCUCAGGAAAAUCCAAGUGGAAUAUGGUGUGACUGGAUCCUUUAAAGAUAAACCGCUUGCUGAGUGGCUGAGGAAAUACAAUCCCUCUGAAGAGGAAUAUGAAAAGGCUUCUGAGAAUUUUAUCUAUUCUUGUGCUGGAUGCUGUGUAGCCACCUAUGUUUUAGGCAUCUGUGACCGACACAAUGACAAUAUAAUGCUUCGAAGCACAGGACACAUGUUUCACAUUGACUUUGGGAAAUUUCUGGGCCAUGCACAGAUGUUUGGUAGCUUCAAAAGGGAUCGGGCUCCUUUUGUCCUGACCUCUGAUAUGGCAUAUGUCAUUAAUGGGGGUGAAAAGCCCACCAUUCGUUUCCAGUUAUUUGUGGACCUCUGCUGUCAGGCCUACAAUUUGAUAAGAAAGCAGACAAACCUCUUUCUUAACCUCCUGUCACUGAUGAUUCCCUCAGGGUUACCAGAACUUACAAGUAUUCAAGAUUUGAAAUAUGUUAGAGAUGCACUUCAGCCCCAAACUACAGAUGCAGAAGCAACAAUUUUCUUUACUAGGCUGAUUGAAUCCAGCUUGGGAAGCAUUGCCACAAAAUUUAACUUCUUCAUUCAUAACCUUGCUCAGCUGCGUUUUUCUGGUCUUCCUUCCAAUGAUGAACCUAUCCUUUCAUUUUCACCCAAAACAUACUCCUUUAGACAAGAUGGUCGAAUCAAGGAAGUCUCUGUUUUCACUUACCAUAAGAAAUACAACCCAGAUAAACAUUACAUUUAUGUAGUCCGAAUUUUGAGGGAAGGACAGCUUGAGCCAUCAUUUGUGUUCCGGACAUUUGAUGAAUUUCAGGAACUGCACAACAAGCUCAGUAUUAUUUUUCCACUUUGGAAGUUACCAGGCUUUCCUAAUAGAAUGGUUCUAGGAAGAACGCACAUAAAAGAUGUAGCAGCCAAAAGAAAAAUUGAAUUAAACAGUUAUUUGCAGAGUUUGAUGAGUGCUUCAACGGAUGUAGCAGAGUGUGAUCUUGUUUGUACAUUUUUUCACCCUCUACUUCGUGAUGAGAAAGCUGAAGGAAUAGCUAAGUCUGCAGGUGCGGGACCCUUCAGUCCUACUCCAGGCCAAAUAGGAGGAUCAGUGAAAUUAUCUGUCUCUUACCGAAAUAGUACUCUUUUCAUCAUGGUGAUGCACAUCAAAGAUCUUGUUACUGAAGAUGGGGCUGACCCAAAUCCAUAUGUCAAAACAUACCUACUUCCAGAUCCCCACAAAACAUCUAAACGCAAAACCAAAAUUUCACGUAAAACUAGGAACCCGACAUUCAAUGAAAUGCUUGUGUACAGUGGAUACAGCAAAGAAAUCCUAAGACAGAGAGAACUUCAACUAAGUGUACUCAGUGCAGAAUCUCUGCGGGAGAAUUUUUUCUUGGGUGGAAUAACCCUGCCUUUGAAAGAUUUCAACUUGAGCAAAGAGACGGUUAAGUGGUAUCAGCUGACUGCAGCAACCUAUUUCUAA